UCUGCUGUUUGACAAUAAUCCUGUAAAUCAGAGGAAGAACCAGAGCAGAGGGAGGAAGGAGGAAAGUUCAAGUGUGACGGAGCAGAAAUCCAGUCCAGAAGAUUCCUGUUCGUCUCUGAAAGAAGGUCCAAGCGAGUCCAUCGGGUUUUCCUCCACAACACAGCAGAGUCUCUGAAACACUGAGAACCAGCAUGUCUGCUGGCAGCAACCUGAGAUCUGCAGAUCAGUUCCUGUGCUCCAUCUGUCUGGACGUGUUCACUGAUCCAGUCACCACACCGUGUGGACACAACUUCUGUAAAACCUGCAUCACUCAUCACUGGGAUGAUAAUGUUCUCUACAAGUGUCCCAUAUGUCACGAGAUGUUCAACACCAGACCUCAGCUGAAAGUCAACACCUUAUUCAGAGAGAUGGUUUCUGAGUUCAGACGUGAAGCUCAACAGAAAUCCAGCAGCAGCAGCUCAGAGCAACAAGCUGCAGAACCAGGAGAAGUUCCCUGUGACGUCUGCACUGGAACCAGACUGAAGGCCCUGAAGUCCUGCUUGGUGUGUCUGGCCUCCUACUGUGAGACUCACCUGGAGCCUCAUCUGACAGCUGCACGUCUGAAAAGACAUCAGCUGGUGGAGCCUGUGGAGAACCUGGAGGACAGGAUUUGUACGAAGCACGAUAAACCUCUGGAGCUGUUCUGUAAGACCGACCAGACAUGUGUCUGCACGCUCUGCCCUGUUUUAGACCACAAGACUCAUGAGUUUGUUCCUCUGAGAGAAGAAUAUGAAGGAAAGAAGGCAGAGCUGCAGAAGACAGAGGCUGAGAUUCAGCAGAUGAUCCAGAAGAGACGACUGAAGAUUCAGGAGAUCAGAGCGUCUCUGAAGAUCAGUAACGAUGCUGCAGACAGAGAGAAAGCAGAAGGUGUUCAGGUCUUCACUGAUCUGAAGGAGUCUGUUGAGAGACGUCUGAAGGAGUUCAUGAAGGAGAUGGAAGACAAACAGAAAACUGCAGAGAAACAGGCUGAAGACUUCAUCAAAGAUCUGGAACAGGAAAUCUGUGAGCUGAAGAAGAGGAGCUCUGAGGUGGAGCAGCUCUCACGCUCUGAAGAUCACCUCCACCUCCUCCAAAGAUUCUCAUCCCUGGAAGAUGCUCCACCCACCAAGAACUGGACAGAGGUCAGACUCCAUCCACCUCCAUAUGAGGGGACUGUGGUGAGAGCUGUGGAGCAGCUGGAGAAGAACCUCAGAGAGAAGAUGAAGAAGCUGUUUGAAGCUGAGCUGAGGAGGAUCCAGCAGUUUGAAGCUGAUGUGACUCUUGAUCCUGAUACAGCACAUCCUGGACUCAUCCUGUCUGAAGAUGGAAAACAAGUGUAUCAUGGUGAUGUGAAGAAGAAUCUUCCAGAUAAUCCAGAGAGAUUCUCCUACUGUGUUAAUGUUUUAGGAAAACAGAGUUUCUCUUCAGGCAGAUUUUACUUUGAGGUUCAGGUUAAAGGAAAGACUGAAUGGGAUGUAGGAGUGGCCAGAGAGUCGGUCAACAGGAAGGGAGGCAUCACACUGAGUCCUCAGGAUGGUUACUGGGCUGUUUGGCUGAGAAAUGUAAAUGAGUACUUUGCUGCUAAUGAUCCUCGAGUCCGUCUCCAUCCCAGUUCUCCUCCUGAGAAGUUGGGGGUGUUUGUGGAUUAUGAGGAGGGUCUGGUCUCCUUUCAUGAUGUAGAUGCUGCAGCACUUCUCUACUCCUUUACUGGCUGCUCCUUCAGGGAGAAACUACACCCGUUCUUCAGACCUUGUCUCAAUGAUGGAGGUAAAAACUCUGCUCCUCUGAUCAUCUGUCCUGUCAAUCAAACUGUCUGAUCUUUGAUGUAACGAAUCUUCAUCAACUCUGAAUGUUCAUUGUGUGUGUGUGUGUGUGUGUGUGUGUGUGCGUGCGUGCGUGCGUGCGUGCGUGCGUGCGUGCGUGCGUGCGUGCGUGCGUGCGUGCGUGCGUGCGUGCGUGCGUGCGUGCGUGCGUGCGUGCGUGCGUGCGUGUGUGUGUGUGUGUGUGGGGUUCAGGUAGGAGUGUAUGAUCACAUGAAGUGACUUUAUUUCUCGUUGAAACCAAAUAUUCAACUAGAAUGAUGUCAUUUGGAUCAAUUUAUAUCAUUUUUAAGAUGUAGAUUAUUGUAUAUUAUAUAGAUCAAUAUACAGAUUAUUUCAUAUUUGGUUGACAGUACAAAGAAAGAGAGGAGCAAGUUG